GCUCCUGCCUCCCUCCCUCCUCAACCCUCUCUCUCACUGCACUCCUUGCAACUUUUGCAAACUAGUCUAAUGCAGAAGCAUUUAUCACAGACUGGACUCUUUAUCCCUACACAAGUCCUGGAAUUCACCAGUGACCACAGUUUGCUGUUUUUUCCUAUCUGCUGAAUAAGGAUCUGGGACUCAGAGUGGAGUUUUUGUGCAGCUUUAAAAAAAUGAUUUCUCUUAGCAAGAAAGGCUCCUGUUCGUCUCAGCUCUGUCUUGCUCUCUGUGCCUUUGGGCUAGCACUGCUUGGGGAUUUAUCCCAGGCUUUGCCUGUGGAGGAUCAGGAUUAUUACCUGCAGGAGAUUAUAAACAGGGAUCAUUAUUAUUCCUAUCCAGGUCCCGAUGAGGAAUUUUCCCUUUUCACAGAGCAACCUGGACAGGAAGAAACAGCCCCCGUUGCAGAGGCAGAGGAGCCCCCAAGGUUCAGACCGGGCAAGAAAGAGUUAAAACAGAAGAAAGGCAACAAAAAAGAAAAAUCCAUUCUCGAGAUUCCACCAGCUAAAAAUGGCAACAAGAAAGGUGAGAAAAACAAGAAAGGGAAUGAGAAGAUGCCAGAUGGUGAUUAUGAAAGUCGAAGGGUCUAUGAAGACGUCAGAGAAAGUUGCCCACCGCUUGGUCUAGAGACUUUAAAAAUUACUGAUUUCCAGCUCCAUGCUUCUACAGUAAAGCGAUAUGGCCUUGGGGCCCACAGAGGAAGGCUUAAUAUUCAGGCAGGUGUUAAUGAAAAUGAUUUUUAUGAUGGUGCUUGGUGUGCAGGACGAAAUGACCCAUACCAGUGGAUUGAAGUAGAUGCUCGAAGGCUAACAAAGUUCACUGGCAUUAUCACACAAGGGAGAAACUCUCUUUGGUUGAGUGACUGGGUGACAUCUUAUAAAGUAAUGGUGAGCAAUGACAGUCACGCAUGGAUCACUGUCAAAAAUGGAUCUGGAGAUAUGAUUUUUGAAGGAAACAGCGAGAAAGAGAUCCCGGUACUCAAUGAACUGCCAGUACCAAUUGUUGCACGUUAUAUCCGUAUAAACCCUCGGUCAUGGUACGAAGAAGGGAGCAUCUGUAUGAGAUUGGAAAUCUUAGGCUGCCCCCUGCCAGACCCAAAUAAUUAUUAUCACAGAAGAAAUGAAAUGACAACCACAGAUGAUCUUGAUUUUAAACACCACAACUACAAAGAAAUGAGACAGUUGAUGAAGGUUGUGAAUGAAAUGUGUCCAAAUAUCACGAGAAUUUACAACAUUGGAAAAAGCCACCACGGACUAAAGCUGUAUGCUGUUGAGAUCUCAGACCACCCAGGAGAACACGAAGUUGGUGAACCAGAAUUUCGCUACGUCGCGGGGGCUCAUGGGAACGAGGUGCUUGGACGUGAGCUAAUGCUUUUGUUAAUGCAAUUUAUGUGCCAGGAAUAUCUGGCUGGGAACCCACGCAUUACACGUCUCAUUGAGGACACCAGAAUUCAUCUCCUUCCUUCAAUCAACCCAGAUGGAUAUGAGAUGGCAUAUGAAGUGGGUUCGGAAUUAGGAGGCUGGUCUUUAGGAAGAUGGACUCAGGAUGGCAUUGACAUCAACAAUAAUUUCCCUGAUUUAAAUACCAUGCUUUGGGAAGCUGAAGAUAGGAAGAAGUUUCAGAGAAAAGUCCCAAAUCAUCAUAUUCCAAUUCCAGAAUGGUACCUUUCUGAAAAUGCUACAGUGGCAGUUGAGACUCGAGCAGUGAUAGCAUGGAUGGAAAAAAAUCCAUUUGUACUGGGUGGCAAUUUACAAGGAGGAGAACUGGUUGUUGCAUACCCAUAUGAUAUGGUCAGGUCAACAUGGAAAACUCAGGAGCACACACCUACCCCUGAUGACCAUGUAUUUCGGUGGUUGGCAUAUUCAUAUGCCUCCACUCACCGACUAAUGACAGAUGCCAGAAGGAGAGUGUGCCAUACAGAGGAUUUCCAGAAGGAAGAUGGGACUGUUAAUGGGGCCUCAUGGCAUACAGUUGCUGGAAGUAUAAAUGACUUUAGUUACCUGCACACAAACUGCUUUGAGCUAUCCAUCUAUGUGGGCUGUGACAAAUAUCCUCAUGAGAGCGAGUUACCUGAAGAAUGGGAAAAUAACCGUGAAUCCUUGAUUGUUUUUAUGGAACAGGUUCAUCGGGGCAUCAAAGGCAUGGUAAGGGAUUUAUCUGGAAAGGGAAUUCCAAAUGCCAUUAUUUCAGUAGAGGGUGUUAACCACGACAUUCGCACAGCGAGUGAUGGGGAUUACUGGCGUCUCCUGAACCCAGGAGAAUAUGUGGUCACCGCAAAAGCAGAGGGCUAUACCUCUUCCACCAAGAACUGUGCAGUAGGUUAUGACAUGGGAGCCACUCAGUGUGACUUCACAAUCAGCAAAACCAACCUCACACGAAUCAAAGAAAUCAUGGAGAAAUUUGGAAAGCAGCCCAUUAGUCUGUCAAUCCGACGGCGCAGGCAGAAGGCUAGGCAGAGGCGCCAGCGAAGAUAGACUACUUUCUCCAUUGUAACACAUGGCGUUUACAAGCUCUGCUUAAAUCAAAACCAGUUAUAGUAGUAAAAGAUACAUAGCCAAUAUUAAUACGUUUUUGUCUAUUUGAGGAGUUCUAAUUGGUAUAUUUGUACUGAAGAAUCUCUUGAGUUUCCAGAACCUUUUCUCCUCUGAGGUUUUAGGGCUUCCGUUUUUCCCCCCUGUACACAAUCCAGCUAAAUGGGCAUUGGGUGGGGGACCGAUGCAGGGUGAUGGAAUGGAAUCCUCCCCUCUCUGUUGUGCCAACAUCACAGUGCCACUGUUUUUCAGGUGUUGCUAUGCUGUGGGCACCGGAUUUGCGCCUUACUGACUUUUAAGUAUCAAAACUGCACAGGAAGGUAGGAUGGGUUUUCAAGAAUAAUCCACCUCAACUUGGGUGGGGAGGGAACAAACUAGAGAAAAACAGGACAGCUCCUCAGUUGGUGUAAAUCAACUGCAGCAGCUUCAAAGUUGCUAUGUUGAUUUACACUAGAGGAGGGCUUGGCCCUACAUUUUUAGCCUCCUGUCAAAAUUCUAAGAAGAAACAUACCAUCCCUUGUAUACUUGGUAGCAAGUAUGCAAGUACAAUUCUGCUAAAACCAUGAUUAUUGCUGUUAGAGCUUUGCCUUACUCAAUAUGGUCUUAUGAUUCCUGGAAAAGAUGAUCACCAAAGUAUCAUUCGGAAUUGAAGAAAAUAAACUUCAGAUAGAAAAUCUUUGGUGAAAAUACAUGUCUGCUAUAUUUAAUUUAUUUCUUCUUGUCAACAACUAAUCUUGUACAUGAAGAAAAGGAAGACAAAUGGUUCCAGAAUCAAUAAUAUACACUAAAGGCAAUCAUCAACCCUUGCAUAAUAACUAGUUUUAGUCCAUCCUAUGGAAGGUAUUCCAGACAUACUUGUUUUGUAAAUACCAUUAAACAACAAUGCUGCCACAGCUGGGUCCCAAGGAAAUAGCAGGACUCUCAUUAAAUUCUGUAUUAUUGAGAUGGUUGCAUUAUUUAUUAAGAGCAUGAGUCUCUCUCUCUCUUUUAUAUUACUGAAGUAUCCAGGGUCAAGGCUUCUUAAAUUCCACUCCAAGGUGCAUUUAAAUUGGGUGGUAAAGUCCCUGAAUAUUUCAGUUUUCUGGUGCAAAUCUUGGUGCACUUUCAUUUAACUUUAAAAAAGCAGAGGCUUUCAAUGAAUUGAAUAUGAGGUUAGACUAGCUGAUCAUAAUGGUCCCUUCUGGCCUUACAAUCUAUGAAUAUGUAAAAUGAAUAAUUUAGCCCCCAUGUUAUUUAUUUUGAUGUUAAAUUUUAUUUAUUUCACUCUGUCCUCAUCCUUUUAGUGUUCAAUAUGCCACAAAUUUUUGUAGUGCCAACACCUAAUUGCAUCAGCAAAAUUAGCAAGGAAGACCUGGAGAUUUUGGGGAGGAAUUUGGUCAGCAGUGCAAUAAUUAGUAAUGUUGAUAUUUAAACAGACGUGUGGAUUUCAGAUCCAGCACCCCUAGUUAAAAUAAAUGGGGCAGUUCACAUCACUCCUAUUUAACGUUUCAGGUUAUUGGCAGACUCAAAGCAACAUUGAAUGGGUUUAUACUGGGUUCACCUUUAGAAGGUUAUCUUCAAAACCAUAAAGAUUAGAAAGGUACAUCUUUAAAAGUGAAAGCCUAAUUCUGGAGCACAAUUCUGCUGCAAAGGGUGGAUUCCAUGGCAAAUUCUGAGACCGUGGAAUUUCAGAAUGUAUGUGGCUUUGGGACCGUGGCAUCUAUUGUUUCCACUUUUUCUUCUCCAGUACUUACUCCUGGUAUUGACUUUUGAUGCUGGAUCUUCAACCACAACAUUUAUCUCUUACUGGAGGCUUUCUAUGUUACAAGAUCAGGAGAACAGAAGGGAGUAGUACAGGAGAUGAAGGUGCACUUACUUCUCUCAAAAUAACCUCCUAACAGCCUCAGAGGUGAGGAGGUUUUGUCUGGUCCAGCAAGGGAAAGAAACCCUUGGCCCUUUUAAGGAUUACACCCUCCCACCCCUCUCUUCCCCAUGGAUUUAGGGGAGAGAAGCUAGGUGGCUGAUUGGUUGGACAUAAGGUUGCAGCAUAACCUUAUUGGCUACCAAAGGGUGCACUGGGAAGAAACCUCCCUCUCCCUUCCCCUUGAAAUUAGAACAGGACUGGGUUUUGGGGCCUUGCUGUGGGCAUCAUGCUAGUUACUUUUUAGAGCUUGGUAGGAAUUUUUCCUUCACUGCCAGAUUGGCCUGGGGCCAGCGUGGGGGUUUCUCAACUUCCACUCAGCAGCCCAGGGACACAGUAAAAUUCAUUUUGUCACAAUUUGGUAGGUGCCUAGUUCACAUACUUGUUCAAUAUGGGGUCUGGUUCCCUGGUAAACCAGAACUGGAGGUGGAUUAGGAGAAGACAUCUCCUAAAAAAGCUGGAGAAUGGAGUUGGAACUCUUAAUGUCUGGUACAAUGAGAAGACAACCCCUGUCCCUGUCCCCGCUCCCUUAAUCCUCAGGUGAGGGGAGGCUGAUGGGGUUCCAGCAAGAGUGCUGGGAACAACUUAAGAGUUGGGGGGCUGUUAGCAGGAGAUAGAAAUUAUGGAAGAAGGGAUAACUUGCACUGGAUGGGUUAUUCCUGGAUAAUUCACAGAUGUGUUUCUUAAUAAAGCUGCAGCCUAUUUAAACCAUG